GGAAGUUGUAAUCCAGCACAGUACAGAGGACACAGAUUAAGAUUGUUAUCCCAACGUUUAUCCUUUCAGCUCAACAAACCAAGCCGGGCAAUGGCGGUACUGAUUCGUUGUUCCUGCUUCCACUCACAUCCUCGCUUCUCACAACCUCAUUUCUAUGCCAAAAACCCCAAGCUCCACCUUUCUGGAAAAAUAGCUUGUCUUUCUUUCAAAGUGGACAGGGUUGUGCCAUUCUUUAAAGAUAUUUUUGAUGGGUCUUCUAAAUUUCCAAGUUUGCUUCAUUGCUCAAAGUGUAAGGAAGACACACACCAAAGGUUCCCGACACUAACAUUUCUUGCAAGCAAUAUGUUGAUGUUCUCUAUGCCUUGUACAGCUUUGGCUGAAACAUGCGAGGCUGAUAACUCUAUUUUCAAUAUGCCUAUACUGCUAGCAGUAGCCCUCAUUGGAGCCACUGUAGGAGGGCUGCUUGCUCGGCAAAGAAGAAACGAAUUACAACGGGUAAAUGAGCAAUUACUCCAAAUCAAUGCAGCUUUAAGAAAGCAAGCCAAAAUUGAGUCCUAUGCCCCAAGCUUGAGUUAUGCUCCCAUUGGUGGUAGGAUACUAGAUAAUGAAAUUAUUGUUGACCCAAAGAAGCAAGAGCUAAUCUCAAAGUUGAAAAAUGGAAAGAACUUUCUAAGAAAUCAACAGCCAGAUAAAGCAUACUCAGAGUUUAAGAAUGCCCUUGAGCUUGCCCAGAAUCUGAAGGAUCCUAUUGAGGAGAAAAAAGCUGCUAGAGGUCUAGGAGCCUCACUGCAAAGACAGGGAAAGUACCGCGAUGCUAUUAAAUACCAUUCCAUGGUUUUGGCUGUUUCUGAAAGAGAAGGAGAGGACUCAGGGAACACUGAAGCUUUUGGGGCAAUUGCUGAUUGUUACACUGAGCUUGGAGACCUUGAAAAAGCAGGCCAAUUCUAUGACAAGUAUAUUGCAAGGCUUGAAAAGGAUUAAUCCUCACAUGCUUGAUAUUUCUUUAAAAAAAAGUAAGUGUGUAGAACAACUAGAGUUUCCUCAUGCGGAUUUUUUCCCCUGACCCUCUCUCUUUGUGGCACUUCCGUUUAUUCAGUUUCUAUUAAACAUAAAUUUUUGGUUGGAAAUGCUUUUACAAUUUACAUUGUAAAGGAUAUAUAUGUUUCCAAGAUUGUGAAAUAUAUUAGUACUUGGUUGCAGGUUAGUAAAGGAAUGUGUACUGUCAUGUGUUUAAUGGCAUCGACAUUUCUACUAUGCUUUACUUUCAAAUUUUGAAGAAUGAAGUAAUUUAUAAAAAAUCCAGAUAGAAAAAAAGAUUCAUAUCAUGGAGUGAUGAGGUACGAGUUGCUGU